GAGCCCGCCCCGGAAGAGGCCGCGCGCUUUCGCUGGCUGAGCUACGCGGGGCAGGCGGCGGUGGUGCGGGGACUGGCGGAGCCUCGCAGCCCGGCGAGCCCAGUCCCCCGCACCGGGGCCGGCAGCAGAAAUUGCCGUAAUGCAAUUAUCUUAUUUACUGCAAACUAACAACAGACCCUGUAUGAGACAAACCAUGGGUUUCCCAGACUGUACCUUACAUUGGAUCAAUCACUUGCUUUUCAUUUAUUCUUCUCUCUUUUUGGAUAGUGAAGACUUCCAUCAGACAAGAAGUCUUAAGGUUGAUGCCCCUUUUUCUUUUUUCAAGGGGGUUUCACCAUUAUAGUUCAUCAAAGUUAACUCCAGGAUGCUCAAACGGAAACAAAGCUCGAGGGUAGAAGCCCAGCCAGUUACAGACUUUGGCCCUGAUGAAUCUUUGUCUGACAACGCAGAUAUCCUGUGGAUUAACAAACCAUGGGUUCACUCUUUAUUACGUAUCUGUGCCAUCAUCAGCGUCAUUUCUGUUUGUAUGAACACCCCAAAGACCUUCGAACAUUAUCCUCCUCUUCAAUAUGUGACAUUUGCUCUAGAUACACUCUUGAUGUUUCUCUAUACUGCAGAGAUGAUAGCAAAAAUGCACAUCCGUGGAAUAGUCAAGGGGGAUAACUCCUAUGUAAAGGAUCGUUGGUGUGUGUUUGAUGGCUUCAUGGUUUUUUGUCUUUGGGUAUCAUUGGUGUUACAGGUCUUUGAAAUUGCUGAGAUAGUUGAUCAGAUGUCGCCCUGGGGCAUGUUGCGAAUUCCACGGCCUCUUAUUAUGAUUCGAGCAUUCCGGAUAUAUUUUCGCUUUGAGCUGCCAAGAACAAGGAUAACAAAUAUCUUGAAGCGUUCUGGAGAGCAGAUUUGGAGUGUUUCAAUUUUCCUUCUGUUCUUUCUGCUACUAUAUGGAAUUCUAGGAGUCCAGAUGUUUGGAACUUUUACCUAUCACUGUGUAACAAAUGACACUCAGCCAGGAAAUGUAACCUGGAAUAAUUUAGCAAUCCCAGACACCCACUGCUCCAGAGAAUCAGAAGAGGGUUACCAGUGCCCACCUGGAUUUAAAUGCAUGGACCUUGAAGAUCUGGGACUAAGCAGGCAAGAGCUGGGCUACAGUGGCUUUAAUGAGAUAGGCACAAGCAUAUUUACUGUUUAUGAAGCUGCUUCUCAAGAAGGUUGGGUGUUCCUUAUGUAUCGAGCAAUUGAUAGUUUUCCCCGAUGGCGUUCAUACUUCUAUUUCAUCACCUUAAUUUUCUUUCUUGCCUGGCUUGUUAAGAAUGUAUUCAUUGCGGUCAUCAUUGAAACAUUUGCUGAAAUUAGAGUGCAAUUCCAGCAGAUGUGGGGGUCCAGAAGCAGUACUACUUCAACAGCGACUACCCAGAUGUUCCAUGAAGAUGCUGCAGGAGGGUGGCAGCUUGUGGCUGUUGAUGUGAAUAAACCUCAAGGCAGAGCUCCAGCAUGUCUGCAGAAACUGAUGAGAUCGUCAGUGUUUCACAUGUUCAUACUGAGCAUGGUGGCGGUAGAUGUCAUUGUUGCUGCUAGUAAUUACUACAAAGGAGAGACUUUCAAGAGACAGUAUGAUGAAUUUUACCUAGCUGAGGUUGCUUUCACAGUUCUCUUUGAUUUAGAAGCACUUCUGAAGAUCUGUUGUUUGGGCUUUACUGGAUAUAUUAGUUCAUCUCUUCAUAAAUUUGAACUGCUGCUUGUAAUUGGAACUACUCUUCAUAUUUAUCCAGACCUCUACCAUUCUCAGUUUACAUAUUUUCAGGUCCUUAGGGUGGUUCGGCUUAUAAAGAUUUCUCCUGCUUUGGAGGAUUUUGUGUAUAAGAUAUUUGGACCUGGAAAAAAACUUGGGAGCUUGGUUGUAUUCACUGCAAGCCUUUUAAUUGUAAUGUCAGCAAUUAGUUUGCAGAUGUUCUGCUUUGUGGAAGAACUGGAUAGAUUUACAACUUUUCCAAGGGCUUUCAUGUCAAUGUUCCAGAUCCUAACACAGGAAGGAUGGGUAGAUGUCAUGGAUCAAACUCUGAAUGCAGUAGGACAUAUGUGGGCACCAGUAGUUGCUAUUUACUUUAUACUUUAUCAUCUUUUUGCUACAUUGAUUCUGCUCAGCUUGUUUGUUGCUGUUAUUCUGGACAACCUGGAACUUGAUGAAGAUCUUAAAAAGCUUAAACAACUAAAGCAAAGUGAAGCAAAUGCAGAUACCAAGGAAAAGCUUCCAUUGCGGCUACGCAUCUUUGAAAAAUUUCCGAACAGGCCACAAAUGGUGAAAAUCUCCAAGCUUCCUUCAGAUUUUACAGUUCCAAAAAUAAGGGAAAGUUUCAUGAAGCAAUUUAUUGACCGACAGCAACAGGACACAAGCUGCUUAUUGCGAAGACUUCCUUCAGCAUCCUCCUCCUCAUGUGACCAUUCCAAAAGAUCCGCAAUUGAAGAAAACAAAUAUAUUGAUCAAAAGCUCCGUAAAUCUGUUUUCAGCAUCAGAGCAAGGAAUCUUUUAGAAAAGGAGACAGCAAUCAAUAAAAUCCUGAGGGCCUGCACUAGACAACGCAUGUUGAGUGGCUCCUUUGAGGGGCAACCUGCAAAGGAAAGGUCCAUUCUUAGUGUCCAGCAUCAUAUACGGCAGGAACGCAGGUCACUACGACAUGGUUCCAACAGCCAGCGAAUCAGUAGAGGAAAAUCUCUUGAAACCUUGACUCAAGAUCAUUCUAACACAGUGAGAUACAGAAAUGCACAAAGAGAAGACAGUGAGAUUAAGAUGAUACAGGAGAAAAAAGAACAAGCUGAAAUGAAAAGGAAGGUCCAAGAAGAAGAAUUGCGAGAGAAUCAUCCAUAUUUUGAUAAACCACUUUUUAUAGUUGGGCGUGAACACAGAUUCAGGAACUUCUGUCGCGUGGUUGUACGAGCUCGCUUUAAUGCUUCUAAAACAGAUCCUGUCACUGGAGCUGUGAAAAGUACCAAAUACCAUCAACUUUAUGAUUUGCUGGGGUUAGUUACUUACCUGGACUGGGUUAUGAUCAUUGUCACUAUAUGUUCCUGCAUUUCUAUGAUGUUUGAAUCCCCCUUUAGAAGAGUCAUGCAUGCUCCAACACUUCAGAUUGCUGAAUAUGUCUUUGUAAUCUUUAUGAGCAUCGAGCUUAAUCUGAAAAUUAUGGCAGAUGGCUUGUUUUUUACUCCAACAGCUGUCAUAAGGGACUUUGGAGGAGUUAUGGACAUAUUUAUAUAUCUUGUAAGCUUGAUUUUCCUUUGCUGGAUGCCUCAGAAUGUUCCUGCUAAAUCUGGAGCUCAGCUCUUAAUGGUAUUACGAUGUCUGCGGCCCCUUCGAAUUUUCAAACUGGUGCCACAAAUGAGGAAAGUUGUGCGUGAGCUAUUUAGUGGCUUCAAGGAAAUCUUUCUGGUGUCCAUACUUCUGCUGACAUUAAUGCUUGUUUUUGCAAGCUUUGGAGUUCAGCUUUUUGCUGGGAAACUGGCGAAAUGUAAUGAUCCACACAUCAUCGCAAGGGAAGAUUGUCAUGGCAUCUUCCGAAUAAAUGUAAGUGUUUCAAAAAAUCUAAAUUUGAAGCUACGACCUGGAGAGAAAAAACCUGGAUUCUGGGUGCCACGAGUCUGGGCAAAUCCUCGGAAUUUUAAUUUUGACAAUGUGGGAAAUGCCAUGUUGGCACUCUUUGAAGUUCUGUCAUUAAAAGGCUGGGUAGAAGUCAGAGAUGUUAUUAUUCAUCGUGUAGGGCCGAUCCAUGGAAUCUACAUUCAUGUUUUUGUAUUCUUGGGCUGUAUGAUUGGAUUGACCCUCUUCGUUGGAGUUGUCAUUGCUAAUUUCAAUGAAAACAAGGGUACAGCUUUGCUGACUGUAGAUCAGAGACGCUGGGAAGAUCUGAAAAGCAGACUGAAGAUAGCACAACCACUUCAUCUCCCACCUCGUCCGGAUAAUGAUGGCUUCAGAGCUAAAAUGUAUGAUAUAACGCAGCAUCCAUUUUUCAAGAGGACCAUUGCUGUACUUGUUCUGGCCCAGUCUGUGUUGCUGUCAGUUAAGUGGGAUGCUGAAGAUCCAGUGACCGUUCCUUUAGCAACAAUGUCUGUUGUCUUCACCUUCAUUUUUGUCCUGGAGGUAACAAUGAAGAUUAUUGCCAUGUCCCCUUCUGGCUUUUGGCAAAGCAGAAGAAAUCGGUAUGAUCUCCUGGUAACAUCCCUUGGUGUUAUAUGGGUGAUACUUCACUUUGCCUUACUGAAUGCAUACACGUACAUGAUGGGGGCCUGUGUAAUUGUCUUCAGAUUUUUCUCAAUUUGUGGGAAGCAUGUGACACUGAAAAUGCUGCUGCUGACUGUGGUUGUCAGCAUGUACAAGAGUUUCUUCAUCAUAGUGGGAAUGUUUUUGCUGUUGCUUUGCUAUGCCUUUGCUGGAGUAGUCUUAUUUGGCACAGUGAAAUAUGGAGAGAACAUUAAUAGGCAUGCAAACUUUUCAUCAGCUGGCAAAGCCAUUACUGUACUGUUCAGAAUAGUCACUGGAGAAGACUGGAACAAGAUUAUGCACGACUGUAUGGUUCAGCCUCCUUUUUGUACACCAGAUAACAGCACAUACUGGAAAACAGAUUGCGGAAAUUAUGCUGGUGCUCUAAUGUAUUUCUGUUCAUUUUAUGUCAUCAUUGCAUACAUAAUGUUAAAUUUGCUUGUUGCUAUCAUUGUGGAGAAUUUCUCAUUGUUUUACUCCACUGAAGAAGAUCAACUUUUAAGUUAUAAUGAUCUUAGACAUUUUCAAAUUAUAUGGAACAUGGUUGAUGACAAAAGAGAGGGUGUAAUCCCUACAUUCCGUGUGAAGUUUCUACUGAGAUUGUUGCGUGGGAGGUUGGAGGUUGAUCUUGACAAAGACAAACUUUUGUUCAAGCACAUGUGCUAUGAGAUGGAAAGACUGCAUAAUGGUGGAGAUGUCACUUUCCAUGAUGUACUAAGUAUGCUCUCAUAUAGAUCUGUUGACAUCAGAAAAAGUCUUCAGCUAGAAGAGCUGCUUGCUAGGGAACAACUAGAGUACACAAUAGAGGAGGAAGUGGCCAAGCAGACUAUACGCAUGUGGCUGAAGAAGUGCUUAAAGCGUAUAAGGGCGAAACAACAGCAGUCAUGCAGCAUUAUCCACAGUCUUCGAGAGAGUCAACAGCAGGAGUUGAGCCGAUUUCUGAAUCCUCCAAGCAUUGAAACCACACAGCCGAGUGAAGACAUGAAUGCAAACAAUCAGGAUAACAACACACAGCCAGAGACAAGUAGCCAACAGCAGCUCCUUAGUCCGACACUUUCUGAUAGAGGUGGGUAUCGGCAGGACUCUGCAGAUGCUGGGAAACCUCAACGGAAAUUUGGACAAUGGCGUUUACCAUCAGCCCCCAAACCAAUAAGCCAUUCGGUAUCUUCAGUCAAUUUGCGCUUUGGUGGCCGUUCUACUAUGAAAUCUGUAGUAUGCAAAAUGAAUCCCAUGUCAGAUGCUGCUUCUUGUGGAUCAGAAGUCAAGAAAUGGUGGACAAGACAACUAACUGUGGAGAGCGAUGAAAGUGGAGAGGACCUACUUGACCUCUAAGUAAAGAUACAGUUUAAGUCAUAUUUCAGCAAUGUUCACUUCAAAUAAAAUCUGUUUCUCCAUGUUUGGAAUUGAACAAAAUGUAAUUGAUGUACGAUUAAUUUAAAAUGAAUGCCAUGAGAUUUUUUCCAAAUGCUUAUCCUUCUGCCAUAUGAAAUUAAACACAGGCAUGUAUGUAUGGAUUUCAGCUCUGUGGUGAUUAUUAUUGUAUGUUAAGAAAAUUGUGAACAAUAUUGCAGUAUUGAUAAAACCAGGCAGCAUAUUUUGUCUUUAGCAGAGAGAGCUAUGAAAGAUUUCACACAAUCAGUAACUGCAUAACAAAAAUGUGUAUUUAAGAUACAGACUUCUGCCAUUUUUUCAUCUUGUACUGUACCUGAAAGUGGCCAAAUGCUUUACAGUACAAAAGAAAACCUUUUCUUUUCUGUUUCGUUUAGUUCUAGAGUAACAUUUCUCUUGAAAGAUUUUAUUAUUCACAAAUGACCUGAAGAGGUCAGCACUGACUUCAUAUUAAAGGAAAGUAUUUUUACAAAAUACAGAUUGUGAACUUAAAAUCUAAUCUCUUUCUUGUAAUUUUUAGAUAUGCAACAUACAGUAUCAUUUUAAAAUCAGAAAAUGAUUAAUUGGCUUUUUAAACUGUAAAUAUAUUAUUUUUGGUUAGUUAUGCAAAGAGCUUGAUUUUCAUAAAGAUAUCAGCACAAAAAAAAAGAAAAUUAAGAAUCUGGUAAAAGACCUACAUGUGAAGAACAUAAUUGUUUGUUACAUUCUGGGAUUGUCUUCUUCACACGGUGAUGACAUACAUAUGAUGACAUACAGUAUCAACUGAUAAUUUGGACCCUCCUUGCAUAGGUAUGAGGUAAUUUAUUUCUUGUCUGCAGAGUAAAAACUAGUAUGCUGAGGGUCCACAUUAUAACAGAAAUAGUGUUCAGUGGUUUUAAAAUACAGUUCGCUUAUGCCUGUGAGGAUAGGAAUGGAUUUAUUUUCACCCAUUUUGUCAUUCUCACUACAGUCCUACCAAACCAAGAUUGUCACAUGAUUCUAUAACAGGGUAAAAAAAUGGUUUUGUCCCUCUUAUUCUGGGAAAAAAGCAUGUCAAUAUGUGUUCUUGUUGUCUUUCACAUGGUGCCAACAGUGCUAGCGGUGGACUAUGCACCAGUAUUCAGGCAUAUACACAUACAGGGAGGGGGAAAGGAAGUGAUAAAAAGCAGCAUGAAUAAUCAGUGAAGCAUAGCCCAUGACUUCUUAGUUCCACAGCAUAUGGUUAUUUAAAUAUAUGAGCUGAAGUUUUUGCCCAUCCCUCAGAGAAGCUCAGAAGAUGUAGGUUUUAUAUUAGGCCCUCAAUGCAAUUGCUUUUUAAUAUAAAUGGGACCUUUUCCUCUGCCCUUAUUUCCUAUGGAAAUGAUAGGUUACUCUAAUAUGGCCUGAUGUGAGAUCUUAUGGGAGGCUCACAGCUAAUGUAUGUCAUCACUUAGUAUGUUUCCUUUCAAAAAAUAACAAUUGCCAAUGUUUUGCAGUGUUUUCUGGCUAAAACACUAAUGUUAAAUGAUCAGGAGACAGUAUUGCUUUCACUGAUGCCUUCACUACUAAUGCAAAAUUAAUUUUCACCAUAAAAUACAGCUUUCACGGUGUCUACUAAUGUUUGGUUCUCCAUGUGCUAUUGGAUAUAUUUUUCUAAUUGUCUCGAAGAGUCAUAAUGUACACAUUUGUGUUUGGUGUUCUCUUCAUAUUUUGUGGCACAUUUAAUUUUAAAGCUAGUCAAAACUUACUUCACUUCUACAAUGUAUGUAAUAAAAUAUGUGCAUUCUAUUGUUUAUUAACUAGAUUAUGACAGCAAUUGCAAAAUCUACAAAACAUUACUGGCAACACCAGUAUUUUAUGUUGUUUUGUGUCAGUUUCAAGUUCAGCUUUUGUAUAAAGGCAAUAUGAUAAAUAUUGGAUUUAUAAAAGAUAUGAUCUUUGUUGUUCAAUAACAACAGAUCUUUCUGAAUCAUUGUUAUUGCAAAUCUUCUUUCUAAAGAUUCUGGAAAACAGUUUUCUUGCCUUACAUACUUUGUCAAUAAAAGUGAGUUACGAUAUUCAUCCCCCAAA